UAUUUUUAGACGCAACAGUGGUUCCUCCGUUCAAACCAGGACACGACACGCGUAGCGAUUGGCUCAAAUGGAAACGCGUUUUGGAGCGCUAUUUGAAGCUGAGCAAAGUGACCGAUGAAGAAGAGAAAUGUGACCUGUUGUUGGUACUUGGUGGUAUUGAAUUGCAAGACCAAUAUGAGAAAAUUGUCCAUUAUGAAGUUAUGACCACCGAUGCUGAGACAGAUGAACAGAGAGUUGACAAAUAUGCUUCGAUCAUCCUAUCGCUUGACAGAUACUACGUACCCAGAACAAACAAGCGAUAUGAACGUCAUCUGUUGCGCAGUAUCAAGCAGGAAGAGACCGAAUCAUUCGACAAUUUCGUUAACCGCAUACGAGAACAAGCCAACAGAUGUGAAUUCGCUGACGUCAGCGAUGCUACGAUCGAUCAAAUAAUCGAAGGCUGUCUCUCCCAAGACUUCCGCAAGAAAUUGCUGUCGGAGGACAAAUCUUUCGAGGAAAUACUGCAGCUGGGAAAAGCAAUGGAAGACCUGCAAACUCAGUGUAAGGCGUAUGUGAAAGAUGUUCGUCCAUCAGAAUUCGUACAACGAGUGCAGCCGUCCUCGCAGCCAUCAAACAAGUCAGCAGUGAGAUGUUUUAGAUGCAACCGUUUGGGUCACAUUGCGCGCGACAAGAACAAAUGCUCCGCAUCUGGUGUGAAAUGCCAUACAUGUGGCGAGCUUGACCACUUCAAAAUUUGCUGUCCGAAAAAACGCAAAUGGGAUGGAAGUGACAACUCGGGGCCUGCUAAGAAACAAAAGGUGGCGUUCAGGAGAGGAUUAUACUGCGUCAACGCUGGAGAUAAAAGCGAUACCUUGGCUUUCGAAGUUGGUGGCAUAAAAAUACAGAUGUUAGUUGAUUCCGGUUCACCGCCUAAUAUCAUCACACAGAAGACUUACGGAGAGCUGAAACGAGCAGGAGCAGAUAUCAUCAACGAGCGCGAAGCAUUCGAAGAGAGCAAGCAAUACCAAGGAUACGGAUCAUCAGACACCAUCCACUUCAGUAAGGCUUUCGAAACCGAAAUUAAAAUACCAGGUGAAGAAAAUGGAGUCUGGAGUUACGUUCUGGUUUCUCCUAAUGGGCAAACCAAUUUACUAUCCAAAUCGACGGCUUUUGCUCUCGGAGUACUGAGAAUUGGCUAUGACGUUGGAAGCGAAGUCAAUACCAUUACUGGCGCUGAACAAAACCCCAAAUCACCUUUCCCAAAAGUGCCUGGAAUACAGUUGAAAAUACACAUUGAUCCAUCCGUCACUCCUGUAUGUCAGCCAAUACGACGUUUACCUAUCGCUAUGGAAGCAGAAGUUGAACAACAGAUACAAGAGUUACUGGCACAAAAGAUCAUAGAGAAGGUUGAACAUCCCACAAGCUGGGUAUCUCCACUAGUUCCUGUCCGGAAAAGCGAUGCGAAACUCCGUCUGUGCGUCGACCUUCGAGCAGCGAAUAAGGCAGUACUAACCGAGAAAUAUCCGAUGCCCAACAUAGAAGAAGCUUUAUCGUCUAUCCACAAAGCUGAAAUGCUGUCAACGCUUGAUUUGGAGUCCGCAUUUUACCAUCUUGAGCUUGAAACAGAAAGCCGUGAUAUAACUACAUUUGUUUCAAGAAGUGGACUGUAUCGUUUCACACGACUCGUUUUUGGAAUAAAAAGCGCUCCGGAGCUAUUCCAAAAGACAAUAGCAAACCUUAUCGGCGGGAUCAAAGGGGUCAUAAUAUACCUCGAUGAUAUAUUGAUCUUUGCUGAUUCAGUCGAAGAACACGAUCGCAUUCUUGCAUUGGUAAUGGAGCGGCUGAAAACCUUCAACCUAAAGGUAAACGAAAAGAAGUCCGUAUUGAGAGCAUCAAGCGUUGAAUUUCUUGGGUUCAAGGUUUCGAAGAAGGGAGUAAGUCUCACUGAAACGAAGAUUAAGGCAUUUCUGGACAUGCGCGCUCCACAAACAACUAGCGAGCUGCGUUCACUUCUGGGUACUGCACAGUUCUUUGGAAAGUUCAUUGAGAACCUUUCAAUGCGUACCCAUCACAUGAGGCAACUACUGCAUAAGGGAACCGCGUUUUGUUGGAAGCCAUGCCAUCAAAAAGAACUUGACGAUCUGAAAACGUCGAUAGCAGAUCAAAGGACGCUCAAGUAUUACGAUCCUCGUGAUAAAACGUAUUUGAUAACCGAUGCCGGUCCGAGCGGCCUGGGCGCAGUUUUAGCACAAGCAGAAAAUGAUGAAAUUCGUCCGGUUGUGUGUAUUUCUCGAAGCCUCACACCCUGUGAAACCAAAUACUGUCAAACCGAGAAAGAGUGUCUCGGAAUUAUCUGGGCUAUGGAAAAAUUGUAUAUCUAUCUCUACGGAACACGUUUCACCCUCAUUACGGAUUGUAAGCCGCUUGUGUAUUUGCUUGACCGCGUCCGUUCGAGACCAUCUGCUCGAAUGGAGAGAUGGAUAUUACGUCUCCAGAAUUUUGACUUCGAUACCCGUUAUGAACCGGGCGACAAAAACGUUGCCGAUGCUUUCUCAAGGCUUUGUUCACCCCAGCCCCAUGGUGCUCACGAAGCAGAUGUUGUGAGCUGGAUAACACCUUACAUGCAGCCAUGUAGAAUCAGCAAAACUGAACUGGAACGAGCCAGUGCAGAGGAUACGAUUUUGAACAAAAUCCGUGAAGCUUUGACAACAGGGGAUUGGACGGACGUUCCAGCUCAGUUCAAAACACUUGGAAUCAAAGAGGAACUGUCCCAGUACGGUGAGUUGAUUCUACGUGGAGACCGAAUCGUCAUUCCUGCGGCUCUUCAACGAAGAGUCACAGAGAUAGCGCAUCUUGGUCAUCAAGGAUCGACAGCGAUGAAAGCACAUUUAAGAUCGAGAUUGUGGUUUCCAGGGCUAGAUGACCUCGUAGAAAAGACCUUGAAAGCGUGUAAGGAAUGCACGAUGAUGGCGAAACCUGAUCCACCGUGCCCAAUGGCAAGAAGACUACCGACUCUCCCGUGGCAGGAUGUUGCAAUGGAUUUCAUCGAAGGACUGCCCCAGGAUUACUCAUUGCUCGUAGUAGUUUGCUACACAACUCGAUACACAAUGGUAGAACCAAUGAAGCAUCCAACUUCGUCGAUGGUGGUGAUGGCACUGCUGAAAAUGUUCAGCAAAUUUGGCAUCCCUCAAUCGAUAACAACUGAUAAUGGCCCUCAGUUCCGUGCUGCAGAACUCGCAAAGUUUUGCAACUCCUACAAUAUACAUCUGAACCUAACAACUCCGUACUGGCCAGAACGCAACGGUGCUGUCGAAAGACAAAACCGUAAUUUGAAAAAGAGGAUUAAAAUCAGUGUGGCACAGGAAACCGAUUGGAAGCGGGAUCUCUACGAAUAUCUCUUGUUCUAUCAUUCGACCCCUCAGGAAACUACCGGCCUGUCUCCAGCAAAAAUGAUGUUUAACCGAGAGCUGAUUAGCUAUCUACCGACGAUUCAGGAUCCGAAGAGAGUAUUCUUUGAAGGAGCAGAAGAACGUGAUGCGUUGACCAAGGAACGUAAAAAGCAAUAUGCCAAUACAAACAGACAUGCCAAAGAAAACGAUCUUAUGGCUGGUGACACCGUGUUAAUGCGUAAUUUGAAACUAGGAUCAACUCAACCAAACUUCCGGCCAGAAGAGUUUGAAGUAAUCGAUGCGAACGGUAGUGAACUUGAGGUCAGGUCUAGAGAAACCGGAAAGGAGUACAAGAGAAACCGAACUCAUUUGAAGAAACUAUCCUCUCACGACUCCAGCGACGUUGAUAUACAAUCAGGUCUACAACCACUUCCAUUGGACGUUGUCGACGACUGCCGGGAACCUAUCAGAAACGGGUCUCAUUGCGAACAAGAGCAGACGAGCUUCGAAGUGGUACAGCGAGAAGAGGAUAGUCGCCCCCAAAGGAAAAGAAGCGCUCCAGGAAGAUACAGAGAUUUUCACCUGUAUCAGUAAUCGUUGAACAUUUUAAAGACAAGAUAUUCGCUAAUAAAUAAGAAUUAAAUGAAAGCUAUUGUCUUGGCUAUUGUAGAUGUUAUAUCCAAAUUGGAGGAGGGAUGUACCGAUGGGAACAACUAUACCUGAAUCAAGAGUCACUUUGGUUAUCUGACAGAUCUAUACAUCGCGGGCGGUUUAUGUGUGCGUGCGAAUAAGGGCACUCAAAGAGCGGCAGUUUACGGUUAGACAGGAACGGGAACGCAUCGGU